AUGCACACUCUCGCGUACAGGGCCGGGGCAAUAGAGGCUGUAGUUGCGGCAGCUCUGGGCUCAGUGCGCGUAAAAGGCUCCGUGCGCAGACACCUCUCCAGCAGCAUGUCACCGGUCUCCUCCAACGCGAUCGUCUUCAACAAGCCCAAGGUCGAGCUACAUGUGCACCUGGAUGGAGCCAUCAGAGUUCAGACCAUUCUCGAUGUCGCUGAGAGGCGUGGCAUUACUCUUCCCGCUAGUACAGUGGAGCAGAUGACACAAGUCAUUAUUGUGCAAACGCCCGGCAGCCUCACUGAGUUCCUGGGACGAUUCGCAGAGUACAUGCACGUUAUUGCAGGAGAUCGUGAGGCCAUAAAGAGGGUGGCCUAUGAGUUUGUGGAGGACAAGGCCAAAGAGGGAGUGGUCUACGUGGAAGUCCGCUACAGCCCGCACUUCCUGGCCAAUACUCAGGUCGACCCCAUCCCCUGGAACCAGACCGAAGGCGACCUGAGCCCGGACGAGGUGGUGCGACUGGUGAAUGAGGGACUGCGUGAAGGAGAGGAGGCCUUCAGAACCAAAGCCAGGUCCAUUCUAUGCUGCAUGCGCCACAUGCCAAAGUGGUCCAUGGACGUGGUGGAGCUGUGUAAAAGAUACCGUGAGGAGGGAGUGGUGGCCAUCGACCUGGCAGGAGAUGAGUCGCUCAACUGUGAGGCGUAUCCCGGGCACAAGAACGCUUACCAGGAGGCAGUACGGUGUGGCAUUCACAGAACAGUUCAUGCAGGAGAAGUGGGCCCCCCCUCUGUGGUGCAGGAGGCUGUGGAGGUGCUGAAGGCUGAGCGGAUUGGACAUGGAUACAGAACUCUGGAGGACCCAACCCUGUACAAACAACUGCUGCAGCAGAACAUGCACUUUGAGAUGUGUCCAGUCUCCAGUAAAUUCACUGGUGCCUGCAGCUCUGACUUCACACAGCACCCCAUCAUCACGUUUAGGAACGACAAGGCAAACUUCUCUCUGAACACGGACGACCCUCUGAUCUUCAACUCCAGUCUCCAUGACGACUACAGCACCGCACUGACAUUCAUGGGCUUCACUGAGCAGGACUUCCAACGGCUGAACAUCUGUGCAGCCCAGUCGUGCUUCCUGCCUGCAGAGGAGAAGAGAGAGCUGCUCCAGUCUCUGUAUGAGGCGUACGGGAUGGUCCAGAGCACUGCCUUUUAA